AUUAUGUCUACCUCGAUUUUAAAAACCCAUUAUCGACGAGGUGCCACCAUUUUAACACCUGGACAGAUUGAAGAAAUUAGACAUCUCAAAAAUAAGGUCCCGGUGUACAUGAUAGUAAAUGAGUACCAUGUUAAUAAAGAUCGUGUUUAUGAUAUAUGGAACAAUUCUGAGUGUUCACAGCAAAAUGAAAACCACUUUUUUGAGGAGCUUAGGAAAGCACAAUCUAUCUCUUUGGAGAAUGGUUCAGAAGUUCAUACUAAACAACCUUGCGAAGUGUUUGAUGAGUCAACUCCAAAAGAAUCAUCUGAGGUUGUGGGGGACCCUCUAGGACCAUCACCUGCUGAUAUGAAUGUGCAAGAAAAGCAAAAAAAGAAAAAGAAACUGUUAAAGUCUGGAUCCAUUCGAAAUUCUAACUUACCUAAAAUUUUGGCCGGGGGUUUUUGCCAAAACUCCUUACUAGAUGUCUCAUAUGAACUAAUUACUUCGAUUAAAAAAGAUCAUAUAGAAUCAGAGGAGUCCAUGCGUGAAUCAGAAAAGCUCUUUGCUCUUAACUCACUUCGCUAA